UGGGUUGGAGACUCAUUUGAAAACAUUAGCCGCGACGAACAAUGUUUGUUUUGGUUAGCAAUCGAUUCGCCUAAAGCGAACAUACGUUUCUGGCUAACAUAGCGAUAUAAACCCAUCAUUAUACUCGAGGAACGACAGUCAACAUUCAUGGAGGACCACAGCGCGGAUGACGACAACUCCAGCAUCUGGUCAUCCUCCCCGGCGAACUCGCCUGUCAUGGACCGUAACCCCUCACCACCCCCGGACAAAGAGGGGGAGCAGGGCGGAGAGGAGGUGGAUGCUAUCGGGGAGACAGUUUACAGCAAACACUGGCUGUUCAGCACCUUGACCCGUCUGAUUCAGAUCGUGUCGGAGCAGAACAUGGGAGACUCUGAUGCCCAGAUGCAGCUACCAGAGGAAGACGAGGAUGAUCUGUGUAAGAUCUGGGAUAUGGCCAUGGACAAGGAUGUGGCUGGUUUCUUACAGGAGUUCAAAGCUGCAGAUAUCCUCCUGGGAGUGAUCGCUAAGUCUCGAUGCCCUCGUCUCACUGAGAUAUGUGUGGGGAUCCUGGGUAACAUAGCCUGCUUCCCUGAGACUUGUCUGACCCUCAGCCAGAACAACGACCUAGGGGUGGUGCUGUUGCUCCUUCUUGGAGACACUGAUCCCCCGACACUGCUGGAGACAACCAGACUGCUGCUGACCUGUGUGUCCCAGAGCGAUGUGUCUUCUCUGUGGCUGGAGAGAAUACGGCAGCAGACCUCUGUGUGCUCCAGCCUCUGCUUUAUCAUGUGGAGUUCCACCAACAUUGACCUGCUGGUGAAGGUGGGGGAGCUGGUUGACAAGCUGUUUGACCUGGAUGAAGAGUUGAUGAAGACCUGGGUCACAGCUGGAUCUCAGCCCAGUGAUGAAGAAGAGGGUGGGGAGAGACGUCUGGGCGUGGCCUCCUCGCUCCUCGAGGCUGCCAAGCAGCUAAGGUCAGAGAGUCCAGAGGGUUUAAAGGUUUAUCUGCAUGCCCUCCAGCUCCUCACCACGAUCCAUCAGGGGAUUGAGACGCUGGCUGUUGCAGGUGGGACGGGCCAGGUACUAUGGAGCUUCCUGUGUGAGGUGGUCUGUGAGGACCUGUGUCAGCCAGAUGACCCUCCACUAGUACUACAGGAAGAGAAGAUCUUACUGGUCCAUGCGCUGGCUGUUCUGUCAGUCCUCUAUUCAUGUCAGGACCAGGAACAAGAGCACAGCAAAGCGGACACGUUCUUGCCUCUCGUUGGGAGCAUGUUGAGGGUACUGCAGUACCACAGAGAGUGCCAGGUCAGUUCUGGACACGGACAGAAGAAGAAGGAGGAAGAGGAGGAGGUGGAGGAAGAGGUGGAGGAGGUGGAUGAGCAGCUCCGGGCUCUGAUCCAGACAACGGUAGAGUUCCUCUCUGACAUCAUCACUGACCUCACCAAGGAUGCGGUGUCAGAGUUGGUGAGGAGAGGUUACCUGACAGAAAAGACAUGUCUGCCAGCAGUAGGUUCUAUGCUCCCCCAGUUCAGCCCUGCCGUACAACACCUGGUCUUCAUGUUGUCAGAGGCUGAUCCCAAGCUGGCAGACACAGUGAGAAAGGAGUUUCCUGUCUCCCACAGCCCCAAGCUGAUCCACUAGGCAUCAUCUUCCUCCUCCAGACGGAAGGUAUCCACAUUGCGUCCACAGUGGAUACUGUUAUGGGUCUGAGGAUUGACUGAUAGACUUUGAUGUCAUGCUACAGUUAUAUCCAUGGAAUAAUACCACUUCACAUGCAGAAAGGUUGUAUAAUAUUACCAAUACACUUGGACGGUACUGAGAAUAUCAUGAAAUGGUGUCAACUGUUAAUGUUUGUUUUUAUGUCAUGGUCUACAAAAAUGGAAUAUCUUACUCUGAGAAAAAAAAAAAGCUGAAUUAUUUGUUUGUUUAACUUGUUUAAAAUAAAAAGUAUUUUCUCCAGUGUGGCUAAAAAUGAUAAUUACAUUGUAUAUUCCAAUGUGGUCCUACUGUAUUCAGUCUAGGGUUGCAAUAUUCUGCUAACUUUCCUCAAAUUCCAAGGUUUUCCAGAAAUCCUGGUUGGAGGCUCCGGAUUUCCUGCUUAAUCCCUCCUGAUUCCAGGAAUCAUCCAACUGGGUUUUUCUGGGAAAACAUGGGAAUUCUGGGAAAGUUACCAACAUUUUCAAACCCUAAUUCAGUCAUGUUUCUGCAAGUCUGUAGACAAGGAGAGCUUUUCCAGCUCAUAACAGAGAAUUGAAUGGACCCAGUCAACUUGUUGCUGUUUUAAUAAAGAUAUUAAAUAUCUAAUUUUGUGUAAUUGAAAAAUAGAUUUAGCAGGCAGUAGGCAUUUAGAAUUAAAUGUGGAGUGGAGCUUCAUAGUCCCUUGUUGACAUCACGUGUCCCGCGUACCUUCGAAAUUAUUCGGCAAUCAUAAUUUUAUUUUAAAUGAAUUUGAUAAAUGAUUUGAUAAAAUGAAUAAAGAAAAUUAGACAAAAUACAAAUCCUGUCGAACGGAUGAAAACGUUGUCGAUCUUUUAAACAUUUCUCCUGUAUCUUCCGUUUCCAUUAAACAUGUCGCAAUUC